CAUAUGUUGUAUUCGUAUCUAGGGGAAUGUUUCUGAAUUAUUGACCAUCAAAUCAUAGCAGUAACUCCUGCAUAAUACAUCAGAAUGUCAAGUAACAUAUAUAAAUCAUUUCACCCAAUUGAUUCGAGUCCAAAAGUCCAGCAGGAAUCAUGAGGCUCCUUCAAGAAUGCGAACACUUGAAAUUCCCGAUGAUUUGUUCAGUGGCAUUCGGAUGUUUUCCCUGGGAGUUUUAUUUUCCAGACAACAAGUCCAGAAGAAGAGCCUAUGAAAUCUAUGGCAGGAUAAUGUUUGCCUAUUACAUUGUGUUCAUCUUCACAAUAUUCGUUCAACUGGUCGUCAUGCUUAAGCGGCCGGACUUUGACAUAGAUGCUGUUUGCGCCAAUAUGUGUGUUACUCUAAUUAACACUGUCACACUUUUCAGGCAAUUGGUGUUUCAUUUCAAUCCGAAAUUCAAGAAAAUAAUCCAGAAAGUCAUCGAUAUGGAGUCGCAGGUUUAUCGCAAAGGCGAUGAAAAGAUUUGCUCUAUCUACACCAAGUACGUGAAGGGAAUCAAUAAGAGCCUCAAACUCUAUUUCUGCUUCAUUGGUUCCUUGCUGGUGAUUUUUUGCGUUCGACCUCUGUUGGCCGAUCCAGUAGAGCAGCGGGUGGGCGAUGAAGUGAAACUCGUCAGGCCUUUGCCUCAAUCUUCAUGGUUUCCGAUUGAUACCGAGGAACAGUAUUUGUACGUCUACACAUGGGGCUGUAUAAACUGCAUGAUUUCCGCAUUUUUUGUUACCUGCUCCGAUUUGAUUAUGUUCGCGCUUCUCACUCAGCCAAUGGGCCAUUUGAACAUACUGCACGAAAUUUUGCAAAAUUUUGAUGAGCACAAGAGGAACUUUGCCUUGAGAAAUCAAAUAGUCAAUGACGAUAUUGCUGCCUAUUGGACAUUGGUGGAUGUUAUUAAACAUCAUAACGAAAUAAUCACGUAUGUGAAUGAGAUAAACGACUGCAUGAGUUUCGUGAUGCUUUGCGAUUUUUUGCAAAGCUCCCUUCAAGUUGCUUGCAUUCUCACUCAAGCCCUAGAGAACGAUAUCGAUGUUUUUUUGGUCCUGUUUAUGAUCUCGUUCAUUGGGUCGAUGUUUCUCAGGCUGAUUCUUUACUACCAUUAUGGAAAUGAGCUGCUCACAACUAGUCAAAAUAUUGCGCUUUCAGCCUGGCAGAGUAACUGGUACGACCAGUCGCCUCAAGUAAAAAUAAUGAUGUUUACGGUGAUUGCGCGAGCUCAAAAGCCACUAAAAUUCUACCUGGGACAGUUCGGCGUCAUGUCGCUGCAAGCGUUCAUUUCUGUUCUGCGGGCCAGCUACUCUUACAUGACCUUAAUGUAUGGGCUGAACUGAAACCAAAACACUUCACUUUUUUAGUAAUUUUAUUAACGAAAUGAAUAGUGAUCCACUAGCAGAAUAGUCUAGAUUGUAACUACACUAAAGUAACUUACCAUUAAAUCACACUAACAGGCAUCAA